CAAAGAAAAAGGGGUUAAAUGUACCUCUAAAUAUCAUGACACUAGACAGCUCCAACUCGCCGUCUGCCGUCAAAAUCUCCGGCCGCCGAAGAUGGACUGCUUGACCUCCUACUCUUUACCCGCCGCAUUGGCUUUCUCUAAGCCAUCCGUUUCAGCUUCUAAGCCGCCAUUUCUCGCCGUCGUUCGUGGAGCCGUGCCGGUGUUUGGAGUUCUCAGAGCAUCUCGCACUGCCGAUGCGCCGCCGUCCGUCGAAGACUCGCCGGAAAACCGCACUGACAAGGAGGUUAAGCUUUGGGGCGGUCGUUUCGAGGAGAGCGUCACCGAUGCAGUUGAGCGAUUUACCGAAUCGAUCUCCUACGAUAAGCAGCUUUACAAGCACGAUAUCAGAGGGAGUCGAGCUCAUGCUACUAUGCUAGCUAAGCAGGGAUUGAUGAGUGUUCAUGAAAGGGACAGUAUUCUUGAAGGUUUGGAUAAAAUUGAGAGGCAAAUUGAAAGUGGUGAUUUUGUUUGGAGAACGGAUAGGGAGGAUGUUCAUAUGAACAUUGAGGCUGCCUUGAUUGAUAUGAUUGGUGAACCUGCAAAGAAGCUACAUACUGCUCGAAGCCGCAACGAUCAAGUUCUGACUGAUUUUCGAUUGUGGUGCCGGGAUGCAAUUGAUACUAUAUUAGAUGCUAUGAAGUACCUGCAAGUUUCCAUGGUAACUCUAGCAUUGAAGAACGAGGGAUUAAUCGUUCCGGGUUAUACACAUUUACAAAGAGCGCAACCAGUUCUACUCCAACAUCUGCUCUUAGCAUUUGUAGAGCAGCUUGAAAGAGAUGCUGGUCGUUUGUCGGAUUGCAGAGUUAGGCUAAAUCUUUGCCCGCUAGGUGCAUGUGCGCUGGCUGGCACAGGCCUUCCCAUUGAUCGCUUUAUGACUGCUGAGGCUUUAGGGUUCACAGCUCCCCUGAGAAACAGCAUCGACGCAGUUUCCGAUCGAGAUUUUGCCUUAGAGUUCCUUUCUGCCAAUGCGAUUGCCGCCAUCCAUCUUUCAAGGCUAGGAGAAGAAUGGGUGUUGUGGGCUUCUGAAGAGUUCGGAUUUAUAACACCCAAUGAUUCGGUUUCAACUGGAAGUAGCAUAAUGCCUCAGAAGAAAAAUCCAGACCCAAUGGAACUUGUUCGUGGGAAGUCUGCUAGAGUCAUAGGAGACUUAGUCACCACUCUCACUUUAUGCAAAGGUCUGCCUCUGGCCUACAAUCGUGAUUUGCAGGAAGACAAGGAACCUGUAUUUGACAGCGUAAAGACAAUAUUGGGGAUGCUUGAAGUGUCAGCUGAGUUUGCUCAGAAUAUUUCUUUCAAUCGGGAGAGAAUAGAAAAGGCUUUACCUGCUGGUUAUCUUGAUGCCACAACACUCGCUGAUUACCUCGUGAAGAAGGGCAUACCUUUCAGAACAGGUCAUGACAUAGUUGGAAAGUCUGUUGCCUUGUGUGUCACAAAAAAUUGCUGCCUCCAGGACUUGAGUCUGGAUGAGCUAAGAAGCAUAAGUCCAGUAUUUGAUGAGGAUGUUUACGAGUUUCUCGGAGCCGAGAAUGCGAUCAAUAAAUUUUGUUCAUACGGUUCCACAGGAAAAGCCUGUGUUGCUACUCAAAUCGAAUACUGGAUCAAUAAACUCGAAAUCAAUGUGUAGAUCUGGUGCAAGGUCCUGCAGUGCAACAUCUUGGGGCUAUAGGUAUGAGUUUUAGCAUGUAUGAAUAAUUAUGGGUUUAAAUUAGGAUAUAAUUAAGGCAUCUGUUUGCAAGGGGAAAGUAUUCUACACGAAUGUUUAUUGUCGAAUUUUUUCUCUUAACCAAAUGUUGAUGGUUCAUUUAUUCUCUAAACGUUAAAGAAAUUUUAUAAUCAAGUAGGUAUGAAUAUUUGAAUCUUCAA